AUGGAGGAGCGUGCACUGAAGCGGCAGCGGAGCCUGGCCGACGAGCCCACCGAGCUGAACAGGCCCACACAGUUGACCCCUGAGCAGCAGCUCCUCCUCGAGAAGAAGCGGCGCCAGGCCUUAGAGCGGAGGCUGCAGCGCCAGGCCACUCCGAGCCAGGCUCGGGACGCGCCUUGCCCCCUGCACGUGGCGACGGCUCCUUUGGAGGGCCCGACAAGCCCCGGGGGCGCCAAGGUGGCCCUCUCGGAGGAGCAGCUGGAGCGCAUCCGGCAGAGCCGGGAGGCGGCUCUGACACGAAAGCGCCUAGCUGCAGGAAGCGCCCCACGUUCGGAGGAGGUGUGUGUCGAGGCUGCUUCGGCCGGCCAUCAAGAAGAG